UCUGCGAAACAAUUAGCACAAGCCUUUGUCUGAGCUUUCUAGCCAGAAAAUAUUGGCAAGACUUAUGCUAAAGUUAGGAUCCAAACCUUCCUGAUGACGUAAAGUCUAAUAAAGAAACUGAUUUUGGUGACAUAUUCUUGAAUAGAUUAUUCCAUACAAAGUUGCUUCUAUCCGACUACAUUGACUCAACGUUUGAGGGGUUGAUAGACUCGCAAUCGUUGUCCAUACCAAUUCGAUACUUCCUCUGCAUGUUAGACACGUUUGGAAAUGACUAUAAAAUUGAGUCAGAUGUUUUACAAGCAUGGAAAAUUGAGUGUUAUGCCGCGCGAGUGUGGGCUCCGUUCAUAGCUAAACCAGAAAUACUGUUUGAUGUUAAUGUACCUGGUCAUGUGGAACCAUGUUUGGACAUUCUAAGACAAGUGUUUGUAGAAAGCUUCACACAGACAGCUCACAAAGUGAACAAGGAGUCACCACCACAGAAACUGUUGUUUCAUAAAGAUAUACCAAGAUACAGGAAACUCAUCGCUCCUUUCUUCGUACGAGUAGAGCAAGUGAAUGAACAAGAAUUCUGGAGUGAAUUAGAAGAAAUAUCAAAUACACAGAAAGAAGAAUUGAAUUUCAGUCGACAAGCUACUCUUCAUCAACUGUAUAAUUUGUUUAUUGGGAAGUAUAGAUCUGAUAUUAUUGAUGAUUUUGAGGACUUGGAGGAAAGCAAAACCCUUCAGUUCGCACAUAAACUUGAAGAAGUCAUAGAUUUAAUGGAGGAAUUUUCAAGCGAUUCUUAAUUAAAGGAAUAUGUCUCAUAUCACAGAAAGUAUAUUACAUGUACUAUACAAUAGAUUGUUAAAAUCAAAUUCUUGGUUUUGUUUGUUAAUUUUUUUAUAAUAGAUAAAACAUUUCUGAUAUGCCUUUUAAACACGAAAAGGACAAACAAAACAGAAGAGUUUCGUGUAUUCGUGAAUGUUAAAUACAAUGCCAAUUGUAACUGACUGCUUACGAAUACAAGAAUACAUAAAUUUUGGUAACUUAUGCAUUGAUUUAACUGGUGUUCACAUUAUGUCGGAAAUUUAAGAUGCUUUCUUCUCUUACAUUUCAGGUAGCACAUGUCUUGUAUCAUACGUUAUUACUUGUAGUCCACCUUCAUGACAUAUUUCUGUAUAUUUUCAUGUACAUCAAAAGGUAUUUUGGUGUAUUAUUAAUACUUUUACAUACAUAAUUUUUAAACAAAAGUUAACACUUGAUUUAAGCAAUUGAAUGUUUUCAUAGUCAAAUACAUAUCUGAUUUUGUUUUAUAAUAUGAUAACACAAUUUAUUGGUUUUUCUUUGAGGAUUGGUUGACUCCAAAUGUUUUAGAAGUACUAAUACUGGUCAUAGUAUCAUAUUUAACAGUAUCCAUUUCUAGUUUAUCGGGAAAGAGGAGACACACAUUUAACGUGUAGCAUUAGGUGGGGUGCUUUUUGUACUUUUUUUUUUAUGAAAUACCGACUUAUAAUAUAUUUAACGGUAAACAAAUAAUUAUAAUAACAGCUAUAUCUGUUCUGGAAAAAAAAUAAUCUUUUAUUUACCUUAACUUUUUUUUCUAUGUUGUUGAUGCCAUACUUGUGACAUAUCUAGCAUACAUUUUUUUAAGUCACUGAGAAAAAAGUGCAGUUAUUUUGUAUGUGUUGAGCCUUCUUGGCUUAUCAGCUGUUGUCUGUCAUAGUUCCCAAAACAUGUCACACAGUAUAUUCAUUUGCGUGUGAUCUGUAACUUUAAUUUAUGUUAUGAGUUGGAUUGUAAUGAUUAAACUAUAAAUAUAAUAAAUGUCCAGACAUUGCUUAAUAAAGAUGUAGGAUAUCUUACUACAAAACUCGCAUUGACCUAGAAUAUUACAUCCGUUUUUUCUAUCUAUAUGGUAUGCUGUCAA